CACUUUUUUAGGGCUAGGCUUAAGGGGAGACCUCUGAUGAAAUAUUUCCACCUGACGGGGGGCAGAAACCAAUAACCAGGAUGAAGGGUCUGGUGAGGAGGGUGCUAGGGAGGGCACAGGAGUAGUUGUGAAGGUUUUGAUUUGUAAAGUGGGCAAACCAGGCUGUGCAGAACAGGAACCUGGGGUGAUUCAAGGAACAGAGGGCACUUUAGGAUACAUGGGGGCAGGACAGGGGACAGAGGGUACAGUAGCUACUAAUGUGGAAACCACGGCUGGAUCCAAAGCUGCUGAAGGGAGUUUUGGGGUCUCAGCAUGCAGAGCACAUGAAUCUGGGAACUCAGAUGGUACAGAGGUCACAGAUGUUGGGACCUCCACUCAUCCAGAAGGUCGCGAUAUAGGAGCUCUGAGCUGCAACAUAUAUAAAGGGACCAAAGAUUUGGGCAGCAAAGAGGGU